AUGGGAUGCUGCAACCCAAGGACAAGGAAAGCCCUCAAAAUAGGCUGUGGCAUCACCGCAAUUCUGCUAAUUAUUCUUCUUAUCGUUGCCAUUACUCUAUAUUUCACUAUCCUUAAGCCAAAAAGUCCAAAAGUCACAACUCAGUCUGUUGCAUUAGAGACAGUAAGAUUAGAGCCAUUUCCAGCAUUUCAUCUCAACAUAACAAUUGGCCUAAUCCUCACUAUCCAUAACAGAAAUUAUGGUAGCUUCAAGUAUGACAAUAGCAGAGCUUAUGUGACUUACCGCGGAGAUCCAGCAGCAGAAGCACCAAUUGAAGCAGACACCAUUCCAGCUAGAGCAGAUCAUGAUUUGAACACAACUGUGCUAAUUGAUUCAGAUGGUUUCUCUAAGAAUCCUAAUUUCUUAGGAGAUUUAUUAUCUGGUUGCUUGAAUUUUACUUCAUCAACCGCUUUACAUGGGAAGGUCACUGUAUGGAAAGUCUUGAAGCUCAAAGCCAGAACAGUUAGCACCUGUGACAUUUCAGUUUUCACCAAAUUCCAGAAUGCAUCUUCUGUAUGCAAAUCCAAAAUUAAGCUCUGA